AUAAUUAAAAAGGUAAUUAGAUAAGAAAUUCUUAAAUUAAGAAUUUGUAUUUUAAAUCCUGUUAAUUUUUAUAAAAUGAAAGGUUUUUUAUUAUAUAGUCAUGUAGAUAAUGGCGAUGAAGGUCAAAAUAUGUGUUAAUAUUUUUAUAAAGAGUUAAACAAUUAAUAGCAAGAAUAGUAAUAGGAAGAAUAUAAGAUUUAAAAAUAAUAAUAAUAUUAAAAAAUGUAAAACCCAUUAAGACCAGUACGUACCUCACAAAAAACUUUUGAAAAAGGAAGUGAUAAAUAUUCAAAUAUGGAAGAAAAUUUAAUACGUGUAUUUAAGUUAUUUAGAAGGGAGGUGGAAAAUAAUAAUUUAUUGGUUAAAAAAAUAGAAGAGCUUUAAAAUGAAAACGAAAAUUGUAAAAAUACGAAUGAAACUUUGAUCAAAUCUAAUUUAAAUUUGUAAAAUUAAAUAUAAUAAUUAAUUUAGGAUAACGGAUUUUUGAAAUAAUAUUAAU